AUGACAACAAUGCAAAGUGGUCCGAAGACUCAAAAGCCAUCUCCUCCUUCCGGUUCAGCUGCUAUUCUCAAGCAGCCAUCGUAUAAAAGGUGGGGAAGGAGACACCCUUUCGUACGCUACGGACUUCCCAUGAUCUCUCUCACUGUUUUUGGUGCCCUCGGUCUUAGCCAACUCCUCCAAGGCAGUAAAGACAUUGCAAAGGUGAAAGACGACCAGGAGUGGGAGAUUAUUGAGACUAGAAAGGCUCUUUCUAGAACUGGACCUAUCAAUGCUUAUCAACCUAAAAACACAUCCAUCGAAGACGAGCUCAAGGCUAUGCAAGGGAAGGUGGACAUAAACUCGUACGAGUACAAGAAAAUUCCAAAGCUAAACGAAGGCCAGUCCAGUUAA